CUACUACUGCUCCUACUACUGCUGCUUCUACUACUACUGCUCCUACUACUACUGCUUCUACUACUACUGCUCCUACUAUUGCUGCUUUUACUACUACUGCUCCUACUACUGCUGCUCCUACUAUUGCUGCUUUUACUACUACUGCUCCUACUACUGCUGCUCCUACUACUACUGCUCCUACUACUACUGCUUCUACUACUACUGCACCUACUACUACCGCUUCUACUACUACUGCUGCCUCUUCUACAGAUUCUGAUCCUGUAGUCACCAAUAUUUCUCUUGCUACCACUAUCCCUACUACGACGGUUAUUCCCACUGUAACUACUGUUAAACCUACAUCUAAUCCUAUUAAUGUCCCAAAUAAACCAUCGUUGAAUAUAGAAGAAACAAAACGCGUCCCUAUUGAUAAGUCAAUGGAUGAUAUAUCAUUUAUAGAUAAUCUUGUAUCAAUAGUUACUGAAAAUGUUAAACAAAGAAGUAUCUCAGCUAUGAAAAACUUAACACCUUUUCCUACACCUACUCAACCUAUUACUGUGAAUGAUCCUAAAAAAUUAACAAAAAGUCAAAAGAAAAAGCUCAAGAGAAAAGCAAAAAAACAACUAAAGAAAGAUGAAAGAGCUACUGCUGCGCAUUUUGAUCAUCCAAAACAUGUUGAUGACUUGGAUUUUGAUGCUCUUUUGCAAUACCAUGAGAAAGCUAGUGGUCCUGAACAACAAAAAACAAAAAACAGUCAAUCUAAAACAAAUAAAACGCGACAAAACAAAGCACAGCCAAAUAGAGCGCAACCAAAUAAUAUAGAGUCAAAUAAUACACGACACAAAAUAACACAAAAAAACAAUUCGCAACAAACUAAUACAAAGCCUUCAUUAGAAGAAGUAGCAGCACAGAUUUUAGGUCGCCCUAUUAAGCAGCAGAAAACACAGGAACAGAAAAAAAAGCAGUCAACUCCACGGAAGAAAUUUGUUCCAACAGUUCCGUGUCGUCAUUUUAUGAGAGGUCUUUGUAAAGAGGGAGAUAAGUGCACUUUUAAACAUGAUAUUGAACUAAUCCCUUCACCCUCUCCUCCUCCUCCUCCUCGUCCAGUCGUAUUGUGUAACUUUAUUAAAACAGGAUCUUGUGUAAAAGGGCUUGAGUGCCCUUUCUCUCAUGAUUUGAAAAAUUUGGAGCCUUGCCGAUUCUUUCACCUUGAUGGUAGUUGUAAGAAUGGAGAGAGCUGUCCCUUUUCUCAUGGUCCUUUAGAUAAUGAAAAACGUGCUCGUCUCCAUCAAAUGACAGGGCCCUGCAGAUAUUACCACUUUAAAGGUUAUUGUAACUCUGGAGACUUAUGUUUAUUUUCUCAUCAGCCAAUAGAUGAUCAAGAGAGAAAUAAAUUGGAGCAAUCUCUAAAGUUAUGUACAUUUUAUCACUUGCAAGGCUCUUGCCAAAAAGGAGAUGAUUGUUUUUAUCUUCAUGAUGAAGCCUCUCCCGAGCGAAUUCAUGAACUCAAACAACAACGCCAGCAGCCUACACCAACAGCAAUUCAAUGAAUAAAAAGAUAAUCUUCUUCUUUUGUACAUAUAAAAUAGACUAUAUAAAUAAAUAUAUAGUAACUAUUGUUUUAAAUAAAAUAAAAUAAAAUAAAAUAUA